AUGGCCACCACCCCUCUUCUCAGUGUGGCCCUGGAGGAUACAACAAUGCACCACCUCAAAGUGGCCCUUGAUGUGUCCACCUACAGACAUAUGACAGCUGCUGUCAGCAGGCAGUUGGUGGUUGGUAUCAUUGAUCUGGAGGAGGGAGAGGCAACCAUUGGCAUGGAUGCACAAGCUGGGCAGCUCACUGCCACAUCUGAAUGGAUAUAUGGCUUUUGGAACUGUGAGCUCAGAAGCUAUGGUAUCCAUGUCAUGGCACUAUUUCAAGCCACUGGCAGAUUAUGGAAUGAUAAGGUCCUUCAGCUCCUGUUGCAGGGUCAUGUGGCAGAACUGAAGCAGGUACUCAACCCCAACACAGCAACCCACCAACUAUUGGGAGGUUCCUCAGCCACAGAUACUAUCAACAAUGAUGCCAAUGGAUCAGAUCCCUCAAGACACCAGAACCUUCUCAAGGAGCAAGGAGGCCAGUGCUAUGGAACAAUGCUUGAUGACCCAUAUGCUUGCCAUGGAACAACAUGUGAUGACAGUCAGGGACAGCUCCGAAAGUGCUGCACCUCUCUGCGUGUCUCUGGGGGAGAUCCUUUCCACCUCCCUCCACCCUAUCCCUACACGACUCCUAUGACCUCCACCAGCCCUCCCAAUCUCUCUCUGCUGCCUCCAGUCGAUGCCAACGGCCCUAGGACUACCUCCUCCUUUGACUCUCUCCUGCUCUGCCUCCCAUCUACGUCCACAUCACCUCCAGACCUCCACCACCAUACCUCCACCUCAGACCCCUUGUUUGAAGGAGAUGUCUCAUUGUUGAUAAAUCUCAACUUGCCUAUCCACCCUCCUUCCUACCUCCAUUCUCCACACCUCUGGUACCUCCUCACUUCCGGUACCUCCCCAUUCCUAUAUUACCUCCGGUCUUGA